UUUUGCUCUCAGAUCCCUCUAACUCGUCAUCCUGCCUGUUGCCUCGUGCUUCUCGUGCUCCUCUUGCCGAUUUUGAUUAAUUUUUUUCUCUUUGGUUUAGCCAAAGUUUAGAAAUUAGAGCAGUUUCGAAACUUAAUUGCAAAGUCAUGAUUUUAACAUCACGAAAUAACCAAUUUAACGAAAGGGAGAAGAGUCAAAAAUAGAAAAAGUUUUGCCUUGUAAAACUUGAUCUAGAUCGAAAUAAGAAAAGGUGAACGAUGGAGUCGAUCAUCCAUCCAAAAGAUGCGUGGGCGGUCGAGGUAAUGGACGCCACUUUAGGAAUUGUCAUGGUCGAUGUGAAGGCGACCGGGAGAGACCGGAGGAAGGUCCCAGCACCGCCGGUAUCGUCCUCCAGCAGCGAGGAUGACGACAACAAGGAAGAAGAAGAGCCCGCUGAUCCCAACGUUUAUAUGGUGGAGGCGAUUCAAGGGCAGAGAACGAGACAGGGAAGGCUGGAAUAUCUGGUAAAAUGGGAGAAUUAUCCCAAGGAGGACAACACUUGGGAGCCGGCCACCGGUCUGUUCUGCUACGAUCUCAUAGAAGAGUUUAAGAAAACGAGUAAACAACGAAGGGUCAGGUCAGAAGGGAAACGUCGGAAAUCCGUUAAGGUGCAGGUAUCCGGCAAGACGGGAGGAGAGCAUGAUUCUGGAGCCGAAUUGAAGAAAGAUAGGCAAGAAGGAGAAACUCAGAAAGAAGAUAACCGAUCUGUCGAACCUGCCAAGGCGAGUGACAAGAAACCUACCGGAUCAACUGAGAAGAAAGAGUCUGAAGUUAUUGGGAAGCCUGACAAGAUAACUUCCGAAGUCGGGAAAGUGGACAAGGAAACUUUCGAAGGCGGGAAAGUGGACAAGAAAACUGCCGAACCUAUACAGAAGACUGAUAAGAAAGCUUCCAAGGCUGUCGGGAAGACAGAAAAGAAAGGUUCUGAACUCUCUCAAAGGAAAGACCAAGCUCGCCCCGCUAGGCAAGAUGAACCGCUUCCUGGUCCCUCCCAUCGUCUCGACCGAGACCCACGCAGAGGUGCAUCCUCCCCCGAGAAGAAGGAGCUGGAAGCCGUCGAGACUACGAAGCCGGGUCGGAACGGACUGGUUCGAGGGUGGCGGGUCAAAGAUAUCAUUGGAAUGGGCAAGGAAGAGGGUGCCGGUGAAGAUGCAGAUUUCUUCUUCGCCGUCACUUACAAAGGACGCGACGAUAAGGAGGCGAUUCCUCGAGUCGAGUGCAAUAAGAAAAUUCCACACAAAGUUAUUAAAUACUAUGAGACGAACCUCAUGUGGGCCCCUAGAAUGAAAGACGAUUGAAAAAUUUUAUAAAAAUGAAAACUACCGUUGAUAUUAUGUUUUUAAAUACUUAAAAGUAUUGUGUUUCCAACGCCAAGUUGGCAAUUUGACUCUGUUAGCAUAGUAUUUAAGGUUAGAACUUUGUAUUUGUAGCUAUUUCGUGAAAGAAGUAUAGUUUUAAUUGGAGGAAGCCUCCGGUCUCUGUUUAAAGGGGAAACCAUUUUAAAAAAUAGUUAAUAAUUCAUAUAUUGGUAAUAACGGUUUUAAACCACUUGUUAGUUUGUUUAGAUUGAAACUUAAUUGUUUAUUUGAAUGAAUAAAUGAAUGCGAGAUUGUUUGUUAAACUGAGAA